AUGGCUCCGACCUCAUCCCAGCAGCUGCUCCAGAGCUUCCAGUCCUCCAACCUCGAGGAAGAGGUAAGCUCGGAGCUCGAGGAGAUUCUAUCGGACACCCAAACGCCGUACCACCGGCGGCUGAGCGCCGCCACGAGAGUCGAGCUCGGGUUGCUCUUCAACCUGGCCGCGCCGGCCAUCAUCGUCUACCUCCUCAACAGCGUCGUCUCCAUGUCCACCCAGAUCUUCUGCGGCCACCUCGGCAACCUCGAGCUCGCCGCCGUCUCCCUCGGCAACACCGGAAUCCAAGUCUUCGCCUACGGCCUCAUGCUCGGGAUGGGAAGCGCGGUGGAGACUCUCUGCGGGCAAGCCUACGGAGCCAGCAAAUACGAGAUGCUCGGAAUCUACCUCCAGCGGUCGACGAUCCUCCUCGUCAUCACCGCGCUGCCGCUGAUGGCGGUCUACAUCUUCUCCAAGCCCAUCCUGAUCCUGCUCGGCCAGUCGCCGGAGAUCUCCUCCGCCGCCGCGAUCUUCGUGUUCGGGCUCAUCCCGCAGAUCUUCGCCUACGCGGCCAACUUCCCCAUCCAGAAGUUCCUCCAGUCGCAGAGCAUCAUCGCCCCCAGCGCGUACAUCGCACUCGCCGCGCUGGCGGUCCACCUGCCGCUGACGUGGCUGGCCGUGUUCCGGUGGGGGUGGGGCCUGCUCGGGGCGGGUUUGACCCUCAGCUUCACGUGGUGGCUGAUUGUGGCGAUGCAGUUUGUGUACAUAGUGACGAGCAAGCGGUGCCGGAAGACGUGGCAGGGUUUUAGCGUCCAGGCGUUUUCCGGCCUCUGGGGUUUUUUCAGGCUCUCCGCCGCCUCCGCCGUCAUGCUGUCGUUGGAGUUGUGGUACUUCCAGAUACUGGUCCUCAUCGCCGGGUUGCUGCCCGACCCGGAGAUCGCCCUCGAUUCACUCUCCGUCUGCAUGGCGAUUUUUACGUGGGUUUACAUGAUCUCCGUUGGGUUCAACGCCGCUGCCAGCGUCCGAGUGAGCAACGAGCUAGGAGCAGGGCACCCGAAGGCGGCGGCGUUCUCGGUGGUGAUCGUGACGUGGUCGUCGUUCAUAGUCGGGGUGGUCGCCGCCAUCCUGGUGAUGGCAUUCCGCGACGUGUUGAGCUAUGCGUUCACCGACGGUGAGGUCGUGGCCGCGGCGGUGUCGGAACUCAGCCCCUUCCUGGCGGCGACUCUCGUAUUGAACGGCAUCCAGCCGGUUCUCUCCGGCGUGGCCGUGGGAUGCGGAUGGCAAGCAUUCGUGGCGUAUGUCAACGUUGGUUCUUACUACGUCGUUGGUGUUCCCAUUGGGAUUCUCUUUGGCUUCGCGUUCAAUUUGGGAGCUAAGGGGAUAUGGUCAGGGAUGAUCGGAGGCACCUUCUUGCAAACAUUGAUUCUGAUUUGGAUCACUUAUAGGACCGAUUGGAAUGUCGAGGUGGACAGGGCCAAGGAAAGGCUAACAAAGUGGGAUGAUAAAAAGGAAUCUGUCCCGGAGAACCAAGAAAGAUUGUUGUCCUCUUAG